AUGACCAGAAAGAAGAAUGACAUCACCCACAUAACAGGGAAGAACAGAGUCCACCUGAUGAAGCCGGUGACUACUGUGGACAGCAGAGGGAGGAUCAAAACCAAACUGGUACCAGCGCGUCCCUCCCCCAAAAAAAGGGUUUCGACAGCCUCAGCUAGCGCUAAAGUUCGUCGACGUACAUACGAAUCUGACCACUCUGACGAAGAAGAAGACACUAUUAUACCCCAGCCACCGCUUUCUGGAGAUCAGGACGCAGAAAUACCUCGCACUAAGGACUCGAACGAGUACAUGGCCGACUGGCUACCAAAGAUGAACAUCUACCUUGACUAUUUGGUUGCCAGAGAGGCCGUUCCCGACCCUCUCUCUUGCUCCUAUUGCGCAACAGGGAUAUCGGAAUCUUGGUGGAGGUGUACUGAGUGCCUCGGGUCGCCCGUCUAUUGUGGAGACUGUUGUCGUCUCCUCCAUUUCUCUCAUCCUCUACACCGAGUGGAGGAACUCAAGAAAGGCUACUUCUCUCCCUCAUGGCUUUGGAGGUCCGGGGUUUAUGUUAAUCUGUGCGCCGAGAGACAUUGUACACCGACAGGGAGGCCAGAUAGCAGUGGUCUUUUGGACGAUGAAAAACUCAACGACGGCGACGACGACAUUCAAACCGACUGGAAUGUCAACGAUGACUUCAGCUUUGGGGCCAAACCACCCAAGCGACACGUCUACGGCAUGAAGGUCCUCGUUGUCGUACAUACCAAUGGGGUUCACCACGUCCCGUUCCACACCUGCGAAUGUCUCGAUGCACCAGACCCCGAGUUCCAGCUUCUCAAGAUGGGAUUCUAUCCAGCGUCCUCAAAAGACGUCCGAACUGUCUUUACGUUUUCCAUGCUAGACGAAUAUGUGCUGGAAACGUUGGAAUGCUUCACUUCGACCCACCACUACUACAGCAAACUCCGCCGUCUGACCAAUUACUCAUUCCCGGACACAGUCCCGGAUCGCGCUCGUGAACUGAGGAGGGUUGGACGACAGUGGUUACGCCUUAAUGAUCUGGCACGCCACGGCUUCUCCCACACCCAGAAGACUCCUGAAAAGGGCUCGAUGGCGCUGUUCUGCGCGGCGUGCCCACAACCUGGUAUCAACCUGCCCGACGACUGGGAGGAAGACACCGAGAAGUGGAAAUACACACGCAGUUUUGUCGCCGAUGGAAACUUUACCUGCAUCCACCGGAAGCAACGAGAGCGGGACAGUCCUGAAGUCCAUCUCAAACACGGUGAGGGCUACAUGGUCUCUCCUGUCGAAUAUGGCAAGCACCUGGCCACGGCUCAGGAAACGAACGAGACCCCGACGUGCCACGAGCACCGCGCCAUUGCUGAUAAGUCAAAGGUCCGCAAGGGACUGGAUGUGACUGGUAUUGGUGCGGUGGCUUGUAUGAGGCACGGUGCCUUUGCCCCAGGGAGUGUGGUUGACUUCCAGAAGGGAGAGCGCCAAAUCAACAUCGACUAUGCUCUAUCCGAGGCCAUUAAGCUCUCUAACACCGAUAAUAUCAAGAGGGUUAUAUUUGCGUACGAUAUUAAUUGCCAGUACAGCAAGCGAGCCUUAGAUCGCUUGCGCGAUGGCGAGUUCCUCGAGCUUCGAGAGGACAUCGUUUUUGUCUUCGGCAUUGGGCUCUUUCAUGUUCAUGGGCACCAGGAGUCGUGUCUAGCCAGAUACUCUCUGAGCUUCAUUGAAGGUGCUGGGAACAGCGCAGGUGAGAUCCUGGAGUCGCUCUGGGCAGUUGUCAAUGAGUUGGCACGCUCGACUUCGACCAUGACGUUGGCGCACAGGCUCGAGAUUCUCGAUGCUUUAUUUGGCGAUAUAAAUUGGAAGAAGAUGCUAGGUAUUGUCCCUUAUAUAUGCAAAGCGUGGAAGAUAAGCGCGGCGGGAAUUGUCAGCAACUAA